AUGGAGCCUUAUGAAUGCGAUGCCCUGCUUCGACAAUCGUUUCUCGAACAAUUUGGUGAGGAUUGUAAAAUGAUCGAGAACACGAAGGGGAUGGCGCUUCGCAACGACACAGUGGUGGACGAAGAUCGAAAUACUGCGGAUCAGCAGUGGAUUGCCUGUAAGGAGUCUAAGAAGAGAUGCUCACUGAAGAAGACAGGGAGCUCUCCGUGUGUACGAUGCCGGCGUCAGGAAGCCGACUGGCAAAGGAUCGAAAGACGACCCGAUAUCACUCAAAUCACCCCGUUCUUCUCCGGACCUGGACUCUACGGAGGCGGCCGCCAAAUCAAGACGAUCCAUACUUAUUGGGCGCACCCAAUCGAGUUUAAACAUCUGUCCAGCGCAAGAUCUCCAUGUCACUUUUGUACUGACUUCAGAUAUGGCAUCUUUGGACUUGGUCCUAAAGAGGUGGACGUGAUCCAAUACCGUGAUGGGGAGAAAUUUGAGGAAAUGGGCAAUGGGCACAGAUCUAAGGGAUGUGAGGCAACGCGGAUGUGCGUCCAUUGUUCUCUGAAUCGGCUACACAUUUCCAGGUGCAAAAUUCACAUCUUUGCCCCCCUCGGAACCAGAUCCAAGGCAAACUUGGACUAUUACGCCGGUCAAGUAAUUGCUCCGGAAUGGGUGCCGCUUUUGAAGACCGCUACCUAUCCAACGUGUUCGCUAUGCGUACAUGCCGCAUUCUGGCGACGUUGCGUAAGUCAGAAAUUCAACAAAUUGGGCCAGAAGCUGUCUCCAGCAGAUGGAAAAGACAAGGGGUGCGGCUUGGUCUUAUGCGAUUUGUGCCACACAAGGAUCAAGGAAGCCGCUGCGCGAAGUGACUCUGAUGGUAUUCGCGCAGACGCGGACUUUCUCUUUCCCGAGAGUUUACUUCACAUUGCCUUCAGUACGUCUUUUCUGGCCAUGGAUGGUGGAAACGACUGA